AUGGCGCCAUCAACAUCAUCGAAGAGGAAAUCUCUCACACUGAAGGCUCUACAAACGAAGCUGAAAGGAUUGCAGACCUCAUUCUAUAAUAUGUACCAAUUCAUCGAGCAGUGUACGGUAAACUCCAAGGCCAGUGAGUUUUCGGUACGGCUGGGACGUCUAGAACCGCUGUGGGAUAAAAUGAAUGACGCCUUCGAUGACGUAGCGGCACAUGAGGAUAAUGUGGAUACGGAAUCGACCGUUAAGGAUAGAUUGGAGUUCGAAAACCGAUUUUUUGAAUUGAAGUUGUUUUUGCUCGAUAGACUGAAAGAUGACCCGGAGGCCUCGGCUCUAAAUCAGUCGACCAGAAUGAACGACACAGCUCAGAUGCGCGCGCCACAUGCAAAGUUGCCGCAGAUAAGUUUGCUAAAAUUUGGGGGAAAAAUCGACGAUUGGCUCAAUUUCCGCGACCUCUAUAUGUCGCUUAUUCACUGGCAAACGGAUCUUCCAGAGGUGGAAAAAUUUCAUUAUUUAAGAAGCCAACUGGAAGGAGAAGCGUUAAAUCUCGUAAACACUCUACCACUCACCAAGGCAAACUAUAUGGUGGCUUGGGAUAUGCUAGUUCAGCGGUACUCAAACACGAAGUUAUUAAAGAAGAGGAAAAUUCAGGCCCUGUUCGAGCUAUCUUCAAUAAAAAGGGAAUCCGCCGAAGAAAUGCAUUCGCUGCUUGAGUCGUUUGAAGCAAUUGUGAAGUCUCUUGAUCACAUCGUCUCCCAGCCAGCAGAUUAUAAGGACUUACUGUUACUCCACAUGUUAAGCUCGCGGCUUGACAGUUCCUCAAGAAGGAGUUGGGAAGAUCUGUCUUCAUCAAGGGAAGAUGAGACACUUAAGGAUUUGACAGAUUUCAUGCGCAGGAGAAUUCAAAUGUUAGAAGCUAUAUCGACUAAGCAGGAAACAAUCAAGAAUGAUUCAGCUCAACUCAGCAAAAGGAAAUUCCCUUUGUCGACAAAAAUAUGCAACGCUGCAUUUCAAGCAUCUUCGUCCAAAGGUUGUCCGGCCUGUCCAGAAACCCAUCCGUUGUAUCAGUGUUCGGUUUUCAAGGGUAUGCCUGUACACGACAAGGAGAAUCUUUUGCGAACAAAUUCUCUAUGUCGCAACUGUUUUAGACGUGGACACCAGGCAAAGGAAUGUUCCUCCAAAUACACGUGCCGAAGGUGCAAGGGCAGGCACCACACGUUAGUUUGUUUCAAGGAUGACGGUAAACCGAACAAUUCCAAUACAAGUUCCAAGGAUUCUACUGAUAAGGCGACAGAGGAGGGAUCUUGUAGCAGUAGUAGCAACGUAAAUGUAGCAGGUAGUAAGCUGUAA